AUGCCUAAUGUUAAUGAAGAUGUCGGGUAUACCGUGCUGCACUUCUUAUAUACCGGCGGCUACGAGACAGUCAGCUCGCCUCUUGAUGAAGGUGUAUCAGAUCUCGCCAGAGAAUAUAAGAGGAGCGUUCUAGUCUAUUAUGCAUUAAGGACUUGGGGCCUAACUGACCUUGAAAUCCUUGCUAAGCAGAAGAUGGAGCACUUAGAUAAGGACCUUCCUAUUCUUGAAAUACUGCGGGUCGUGAGGGACGUGUUUUCAAGACUUCCUGCAGAUGAAACCUGGCUUCCAAGUUACAUUCGAGGAAACCUGCAGCGACUACCAAAGCCUGAAGUUGCAGGGCUUGACUUACACGCAUUUUACAAUAUUCUCGGCCAGGACCAUCAAUUUGAUAAUGCAGUGAUGAAGAUGAUUCUCGAGAUGCUAUCUAUUAGCUUAUGUUCUAUGAAAGAUCAGCACGCAAAGAUACUGAACGGCAUCAUUUCAGAAGAAUCCCCUCUUCGAGGGCCAUCCCCUGAGGAUCCUGAACCUGUCCCCGAAGAGCCUGAGCCUGAGCCUAUCUUCGAAGAGGCUGUACCAGAGCCUGCCUUCGAAGAGGCUGUACCAGAGCCUGCCUUCGAAGAGGCUGUACCAGAGCCUGCCUUCGAAGAGGCUGUACCAGAGCCUGCCUUCGAAGAGGCUGUACCAGAGCCUGGCUUCGAAGAGGCUGUACCAGAGCCUGGCUUCGAAGAGGCUGUACCAGAGCCUGCCUUCGAAGAGGCUGUACUAGAGCCUGUCUUCGAAGAGCCUGAGCCUGAGCCUAUCUUCGAAGCGGCUGUACCAGAGCCUGUCUUCGAAGAGCCUGAGCCUGAGCCUGCCUUCGAAGAGGCUGUACCAGAGCCUGUCGUCGAAUCGCCUGAACCAGAGCCUGAGCUCGAGCCUGUCCUGGAAGAGUCUCCUGCUGAGGGAGGUAGCGAACAGUGGAUCAUUCCUCAAGUGUCUGCUGAUACUGACAGCUGGUCGCGCGCUUCUUUGUCACCCGGUGAUACGUCUAAUACUGAAAUACUACCAGAGGCUACUGAUCAGGGCUACAUAGCGAGGAUCUCAUGGUCGGACUUAAGUCUGUAUGGGAAUUGGGCAAAUAUGUCCUCAAAGAAAAGAGCUAAAAGGGCUAGCAAGCUUAGGUCUAGAGGACUUCCUGUCCCAAGCGAGACUGGUUUCAUUUCAAUAGUUGCAGAUUGA